AUGGCUUCGAAACAAGGCAUUAGUAACGGGGUUGUGUUCGAGGAUUUCUUACCAUCGAUGGUGGAGAACCUCGGCGAGGAAGGGUUCAUGGAGGAGCUAUGCAACGGGUUUCGACUACUAAUGGAUGAGCAAAAGGGGGUGAUAACGUUUGAGAGUUUAAAGAGAAAUUUGUCGGUUUUAGGGUUGAAGGGAAUGAGUGAUGAAGAAGUAAGGGAAAUGAUGAGGGAAGGAGAUGUUGAUAAAGAUGGAUGUUUGAAUCAAAUGGAGUUUUGUGUUUUAAUGUUUAGGUUGAGUCCUGGUUUGAUGGAUGGUUCAAUGAGGUGGCUUCAACAAGCUCUUGGACAAAAAUCAUCAUGCUUUUAA